UAGUUUUUGCCUCUUCGACUUUGCAGAAUUUUGACGAUAAAGUCGCACAAAAGAUAAUACAAGUGUUGUAAAAUGAACUCACUUAGAUGAUGAGAAGCCCAGUACGUUCUUGAACAGCGCUUUGUAACGAGUCUAUUUACGGAAAAAAUUGACAUUGGAGAAAACCUUCAGCUCGUCUGCGUGACUCGCAAGGAAUCUUUCAUGCCUACUACUUAGAAAGUCCACGAAAAGAGUUAUUACUAACACAAUUUUUAUGGCCUUUAAGACUUUGUUUUUGCACUCAUUUAUCUCUAUUUUGGCGGCCAUCAUACUCUGCUGGACAGAGGUUACUUCUGCCAGUGAUCCCUGUGAUUGCUCAGUUUGCGGUACAACAUGCGGCGGGAGUUUGAGCUGCGAUCCCGGCAAAUUUCUUGUGGUAAAUGGAAGCGAAUUCGGCUGUUUUCAAUGUCCUCCUGGUCAUUAUUGCCCAGGAGGUCAGAACAGUUCUAAACCAUGUUCUGAAGGUUACUACAAUGACCUACCAGGACAAUCAGACAUAGCUGCAUGCAAGGAAUGUCCUGCUGGAUCUUUCUGUGCUGAUGGUAGCCAACUACCAAAGCCUUGUGAAUCAGGUUACUAUAGCAAUGGUACAGGACAAACAAAAUGUGUCAUCUGCCCAGAAGGAUUCCAAUGUGAGAACCUUGCAUCUAAACCAACACCUUGUGCAGAGGGUUACUAUAGUGCGGUGGGUAAUGCAACAUGUUCGAUAUGUCCAGAAGGUUAUGAAUGUUCCAAUGGUACAUCACCCAGGGUGUGUCCUGAGGGACAGUAUGCACCUCUUGGUUCCACAGCAUGCAAGACAUGUCCUGCAGGUCAUAAAUGUCCUCAUCAAGGAAUGUCAGCUCCUGAGACUUGUCCAAAUGGGCAAUACACAAACCAAACACUACAAGUGACAUGUCAUACAUGUGAAGCUGGUCGUGAGUGUCCAAAUGGUGAUCGAUCUGUACCAUGUCCGGCUGGUUACUUUAGUAAGUAUGGACAGUCAAAUUGCUUGGCGUGUGAGUCAGGAAACUACAGUCAAAGUGGAUCAUCUGUAUGUCUGCCAUGUCCAGCUGGAAAACAGUGUCUGGAUCCAGCUGUUGAACCUGUGAACUGUACUAUUGGUACUUUUUCUGGUCAGGGAGAAGGUGUUUGUAAGCAGUGUCCACAAGGUUACCAAAGCACACCAAGCAGGACCUCUUGUGUUCCCUGUGCAGCAGGGUUCUAUUGCCCUGAUCCAAGUAACCCACCAGUUCCAUGCCCAGUUGGAAUGUAUUCCUCGGGAGGAAGAUUUGAAAACUGCACAGCGUGCCCAGCUGGGAGUGCAUGCCCUGAUCCUGCUGGUAUUCCUGUGGCUUGUACUGGUGCGACAUAUGCUGAGGCACUGUCCACAGCAUGCAAGACAUGUCCAGCAGGUUACAGCUGCCCAGAGAACAAGAGAACAGAAUUAUGUCCAUUUGAUGACGUACUGGGUUACUUCUACAGCACUGACUCAAUGGUAUCAUGUGCACAGUGUCCUAAUGCAAGCACAGGGCAAAUAUGUGAGUCAAGAUACAAGUUACCAGUCAGUUGUAAUCCAGGAGAAAUCCCCAGCAACAAUGGAACAGUAUGUAUCAGAUGUCGUCCAGGUUACUUUUGCCGAACACCACAAGAGGGAGAAGUAGCUUGUGCUCUAGGACAGUGGUCACUGGGUGGGGCUACAGAGUGUCAGGAUUGUGUACAAGGCUAUGAAUGCCCCAACAGUGGCUCAUUGCCACAGGCUUGUCCCCUUGGCCACUACACAGAUCAGAAAAACUCUCUGAGUUGUAAGCAGUGUAAAGCUGGAUUUAAAUGUCCCACAACCAGUGGUACUCCUGUGGCAUGUGCAGCAGGUACAUUUAGUGAUGUAGCAGCAACAGACUGUACAGCUUGUCCUCCUGGUUCUGCAUGCCCAAACACAUCAGACUCCACAGCCAAAUAUGCAUGUACAUCAGGGACAUAUUCUAUUGGUAGCAGCACUCUCUGUAAAUCAUGCAGAGUAGGAUUCUUUUGUCCUCAAACAGACAAAGACAUAGAACUCGCAUGUGAACCUGGUUUUUACUCACAAGCAGGAAGUGCUCGUUGUACAGCAUGUCCACCUGGUUAUAAAUGUCCCAAUAAAGACGGCAGCGGAAAUCAACCCUGCCUGGAUGGAGAAUAUUCCAUAGGAGGGCAGACAUCUUGCACAGCAUGCCCAAAAGGUUAUGCUUGUCCAAAUACAACCACAGAUUACAUGAUCAAAUGUGAACCUGGGUUUUAUGCGACCAGAAAGAAGACUGUAUGCACACCUUGUAAGGCAGGAUUCUAUUGUCCAUAUACAGAUAAAAAACAAGAGAUUCCAUGUGAUCCUGGUUAUUAUUCAACUGGGAAUGCAUCUUCAUGUGAAAUGUGCCCUCCUGGCUAUGCAUGCCCGAUACAAGAUCAAGAUGUGAGGAACCUAUGUCCAAAUGGAACAUAUUCUUUAGGGGCUCAGAUCACAUGUACACCCUGUCUCCCAGGAAGUAAGUGCCCGUCAAUCUCAGAAGGUCCCACUAUUUGCCCACCUGGUUACUUCAGUGAAAGAAAUGCAGCAGAGUGCAAGUUGUGUGAGGCUGGCAAACAAUGUGCUGAUCCAAGUGCUCCUGAGCCUUGUCCUCCUGGGUAUUACUCAAGUGUUGGCUGGAUAAUUUGCCUUCCAUGCAAAAGAGGUUUCCAGUGCAAAGAAGGUUCAACUACAGACAGUCCACCUGAAGAUGUGUGUCCUAAGGGUGGAUGGUGUGAUGGCCGCACUCUAUAUCCAUGUCCACCAGGGACCUAUAAUCCUUUCAAUGGGUCACAAUCACAGGAGGCAUGCAAGGCGUGUCCUAUGGGUCACUACUGUCAGGAGAGUGGUACAGUUGAUUACCAACCAUUUCUUUGUCCAGAUGGCCAUUACUGUCCAACAGGAACAAAAUUCCCCAAUCAGUUUCCUUGCCCAGCUGGUACAUACAACCCAAUUGCCAACCAGACAUCAAGAUCAGUAGCUUGUUUGCCUUGUCCUGCUGGCAAUUAUUGUGUGGCAGGAUCCAGUCAGCCCGCCAUCUGUCCUCCUGGUUACUAUUGUCCAAUUGGAACUGGGGCAAGAACACAAUUUGCCUGUCAUGCUGGAUUUUACAAUGAUCAAACUGGCCUGAAGAAUUACACAGAGUGUAAGCCUUGCCCUCCUGGUUCAUACUGUCCAGAUGGCUCACUAACUGAACCCACGGUUACCCCAAUUCCUUGUCCAGCAGGGACGUACAAUCCUGAAUGGCAGGUUGGGCACUUACUGAACUGUAUUCCAUGCACUGCUGGUUUCUUCUGUCCUCAGGCAGGACAGACAAAUGCCACCUUAUACUGCUAUGAAGGUUAUUAUUGUCCAAAUGGUACAGUGGCAGGUAAUCAGUUUCCUUGUCUCCCUGGAACGUAUGGAGACAAAGCAGGUCUGACUCUGGCAGAGGAGUGCCUGACAUGUCCACAAGGAAGGUCAUGUGGCUGGGGAACUGGUCUAAACAACAAUAACACAAUGCAAGUUUGUCGUCAGGGACAUUUUUGUCCAGCAGGCACAGGAUCACCAACUAAGUAUCCUUGUCCUCCUGGAACCUAUUCAAACAGUUCUGACUUGUUUGAUGCAUCCCAGUGUGAUAUUUGUCCUGAAAGAAAGUACUGUCCGGGUGGUGAACCAGCACCCAGAGGUAACUGUCCACCAGGUUAUUACUGUCCAGGAGGCACGCGAGUAGCAGAACAGUUUCCAUGUCCUAAUGGAACAUACAAUCCUCACUAUGCCAAAGCAAGAGUUGAUGAGUGUCUUAACUGUACACAAGGCCAUUUCUGUGAGUUGGCUACAGUUCAGCCAGUGCCAUGUUCUAUUGGUACAUAUAUGCCAUAUGGAUUCAAUGCAACAAGUUCAAAGGUGGUAGGAACACCAGCUAAGGGGAAAGGAGACUGCCUUGCCUGUCUUGCUGGACAUUUUUGUCUGAAUGGUACUGUAGUACCAGAACCUUGUGGAAAAGGGAAAUAUACAAAUCCAGGACAAUCAGUUUGUCAGACAUGUUUGGCUGGGCGCUACUGUGAUAAUGAAACUACAACUGAAACAAGCAUGAACACAACCAAGCUUUGUCCAGCUGGAAAGUAUUGUAGAGCAGGGCUGACAGAUGUCGCUGAUGCCACUGAUUGCCAGAGAGCACAUUACUGUCCUGAAGGUAACCCUGUUGAAAUUCCUUGCCCUGUUGGUACAUUUAACCGAGAUACCAAAGGAGGAGAUAUAUCUGCAUGUAGAAUGUGUACUGCAGGGAAGUAUUGCCUUGAAAAAUCCAUCCAUGAGACAGGUGACUGUAGUCCUGGCUUCUAUUGUCCAACCAACAUCACAGAUGGAGUCUCAAGUUUGCGUAUUGGCUCAUAUGGCCCCAUACAGGAACCUUGUCCAAAGGGUACUUUCCUUAAUGAGUCAGGAGGAAGGUUUGUGGAGGAUUGUAUUGAGUGUACUAUUGGUCAUUACUGUCCAACAGGAUCUCAGACACCCACUAUCUGUAAAACUGGUCAUUACUGUCCUCCAGGGUCAGGUGACCCUCAGCCUUGUCCUCUGGGAACAUUUAAUAAUCACAGUGGAGCUUAUUAUUUGGAGAACUGCACAGACUGUACCCCUGGCUGGUACUGUGAUGCUCAAGGUCUCUCCAUUCCAAGAGCGCAGUGUGACCCAGGUUAUGUGUGCUAUGGUGGAGCGUAUACUGGAACUCCCAAUGAUGGAAAAACAGGAAGACCUUGUCCUCAAGGGACAUUCUGUGUCGCAGGGUCUUUUGAAUUUGAUUCUUGUCGUGUUGGAACAUACAGUAAGAGCACUGGUGGAACAAGCGACCAAGACUGUCAGUUGUGUGAUCCUGGAUACUUCUGUUCUAAGAAGCAACUCACAGCUCCAGAAGGACCAUGUGACCCUGGUUAUUAUUGUCCAGAGGGGUCCAUCUUAAGCAAUCAAACAAUUACUCCACCAGGAUUUUUCACUCCAGCAGGAUCAUCAGAGCCACAGCCAUGUUUACCAGGAACAUUUCAACCACAUGAAAAACAAAGUCAUUGUCUUCCCUGUGAGCCAGGAUUUUACUGCCCCACAAAGAGCAUGGUCAAUGGUACUGAGUGUGAACGAGGCUUCUACUGCCCACCUGGUUUGCGUGGGGCUAAAAUACCCAAACCAAACAAUGAUUCUACUGGUGGAAUUUGCCCAAGAGGAAGUUCUUGCUUAGCUGGACAGCAGCCAGAAAAGUGUCAACCAGGCCUUUAUGCUCCCAUUGAAGGAAAGGUGACAUGCCAAAAAUGUGAGGCAGGUACUGAGUGCCUUAUAGGAACAAUUAACCCUUCACCUUGUCCUCAAGGCUAUUAUUGCACAGCGGGAACAACAGCCAAAGAGGCCUGCCCUAUUGGUACAUUUGGCAAUAGAACAGGGCUCAAGAAUAAGCCUGAGUGUACAAACUGCUCGGCAGGCCAGUACUGCGAGACUGAGGCAUUAAAGGAUGUUACUGGUCCAUGUGAUCCAGGGUACUUUUGCUUUAGAGGUGCUGAGGUAUCAACACCCCCAGAUGACCCAGUACUUAAUCGUUUUUGGUUUGGUGAAUGUCCUGAAGGAGGUUAUUACUGUGAGAGAGGUGUCUCUCAGCCUACACCUUGUCCGCCUGGAAGAUUUGCACCUGGUAAUGUUGGCAGAUUAGAGUCAGUGGAUGACUGCACCCUGUGUACUGCUGGCUCUUUCUGUGCAGUGGGACAUCAAGAUCAUGUGAAUGGUACUUGUGAUCCUGGCUACUUUUGUCUUGAGGGAUCCCCAACUCCAAGACCUAAUACAACAUAUGGUGGGAUCUGCCCUCCAGGGUUCCACUGCCCUGCUGGCUCAGCUUUUCCACAGCCAUGUGAUCCUGGGACCUAUAACAAUGCAAGUGGUCAAGCAACUUGUCAGAUAUGUCCAGGAGGCUUCUAUUGUAGUGGCAAUACAACAAGUCCCCAAGAGUGCCCUUCUGGCUUUAUCUGUCCACUAGGAACAAGUUAUGCUUCGGACAAACCAUGUUCUGAAGGAACAUUUAACAACUUGACGGGCAUGUCUUCUGACAGUGCUUGUGUACAGUGCACAGCUGGAUAUUACUGUGACAGGCAAGGUCUUUCUAAUGUUACUGGCCCAUGUGAUGCUGGAUACUACUGCAGUGGAGGCGCAACAGCAGCAAAACCUGUCACCAAUGGAGGCAAGUGCCUAAACGGAACGUUCUGUCCAGAAGGGAGUUCACAGCCUCUCCAGUGCCCAGCAAGAAAAUAUUGUGGAGGUGAAGCUCUGCCAGCACCUUCAGCUGACUGCGCAGCUGGUUACUAUUGUGUGGGAGGCUCUAAAACAGACAGACCAACAGAUGGGGUCACUGGGGCGGAAUGUCCAGAGGGUUCAUACUGUAUUGAGGGUAGUGCCACACCAGCACCAUGUCCUAAUGGUACUUUCUCUAAUACCACUAAGAAUGAAAAGGUUGAGGACUGUGUUGACUGCACCAGUGGUUUUUACUGUGAAGGAAAUGGAAAUAAAGAACCCACUGACCAGUGUGAUCCUGGAUAUUACUGUCCUCCUGGACAGAGAGUGAAAAAUCCAAAUGGACUUGAGUGUACUCUUGGUCACUUUUGCCUGAGAGGUUCCAAAGAACCGCAACGGUGUGAGUCUGGAUUUUACCAAGACAGCAGUAAUCAGUCGUCUUGUAAGGUUUGUCCAGAAGGAUUCUUUUGUGACAACCGCUAUGCCCCCGUGGUUCUAUAUCAAAACAGCACCUGUCCUCCAGGGUAUUUUUGUCCUUAUGGCACCACGCAUGCUUAUGAGUUCCCCUGUCCCCUGGGGACGUUUAGCAACACUUCUGGUCUCUCUCGUGUUGAUGAAUGCAGUCCAUGUCCAGGUGGCUACUACUGUGAUGAACUAGGACAGACAACAUAUACAAAGCAAUGUGAUGGAGGGUAUUACUGCCGUAGUGGUGUAUCUGUGUCAACUCCUGAAGGUCUCCCUGUAAAUGCAACUUUGUGCCCCCCUGGUACCUUCAACUAUACUGACGCUGGCCCUUGUCCAGCUGGUUUUUACUGCCCUGUUGGUACUGCAGAACCUGAGAAGUGUCCUCCUGGAACCUUCAGCAAUGAGACUAAACUCUCGUCAGAGGAACAGUGCAAAAACUGUACUCCAGGACAAUACUGUGAAAACUUCAACUUGGUAGAGCCUGAAGGACUAUGCAGAAAAGGGUACUAUUGCCCAUCAGGGGCAUCAAAGCCAGACAUGAUUGAGUGCCCUGCAGGUGCAUAUUGCAUUGAGGGUACUUUUGAGCCAGAAUUGUGUCCUAAUGGAACAUUUAGAAACAUCACAAAGGGAAUGGCCAUUAAUGAUUGCUUCAACUGCACCCCAGGGUAUUACUGCCAAGGUGUUGGAUUAACAAAAGAAACUGGUGCCUGUGCAGAAAGAUACUACUGUCCUGGAGGGAACAAGGUGAAGGAUCCACAUCAAUUUUUCUGCCCAGUAGGCCACUUCUGUCCAGGAGGCACAUCUGAACCCAUCCCAUGCCAAAACAACAGCUUUGCCAAAUCAACACAUGCUAAGGAAUGCUCUUUGUGCCCUGCAGGAUUCUUCUGUAAAAUAGCAGGUGUUCCAAAGAACUGCACAAAAGGCUUCUACUGCCCUUAUGGAACUGGUAUUGACUUGAAGUCAUGUCCCAAAGGAACCUAUGGUGAUCAGGAGGGUUUGGAGAGAGUCUCUCAAUGUAGGGUCUGUGAUCCAGGAAAGUACUGUGGCAAUGAACAUGCUAUAAAUUACACUGGUGACUGUGCACCUGGGCACUGGUGUGCUUAUGGCCUUGACAGGCCCAACCCCAUUGGGGACAACAUUACGGCAUACAAUGCCAGUAGCAAUGAUUCUUGUCCACAUUAUGAUGGCAGAGAAACGGGCUAUGGAGGUAUUUGUCCAAUUGGUCACUUCUGUCCUCAGGGAUCACAAGCACCACUCCCUUGUCCACCAGGAACUUAUGGACAUCUUCCAAAGCUUGCAAAGUGUCUGGCAUGUUUAGAAGGCUUUUACUGCCCAGGAAAUAACUCUGAAUAUGAAUCACGCCCAUGUCCAAAAGGAUACUUCUGUCCUAAUGGAACAUCAUAUUCUAACCAGUUCCCUUGUCCAGCUGGAACAUACAAUAAUAGAACCCAUGCUACUAAGAUAGAGGACUGUGUUAGUUGCAGACCUGGCAUGUAUUGUCCAGUCAAAGGAAUGCCAGAUCCUAUUCAGUACUGUGCUGCUGGCUACUUCUGUCGGCGUAAUGCUUCCAGUGCCACCCCAGAUCAAGGGAAUGAUGCCAACAUUUGUCCAGUGGGUCAUUAUUGCCCAGAAGGAACUGGUGAACCAGUAAACUGCCCUGUUGGAACAUAUGGGAAUGAUACUGCCUACAAGGAUGUCAGUGAAUGCUGGAACUGCACAGCAGGUUUUUAUUGUUCUGAGCCUGGGCGGGAUUCUCCAGUUGGGAAAUGUGACCCUGGCCAUUACUGUCCAAUUGGCUCAUCUAGUUCAAUGGAAGUCCGUUGUGAACCAGGAACUUACUGUAUUGGACAGAAUGAAGAGGCAGAAUUGUGUCCCAUUGGAACAUUCCAACCAAGCUAUACCAGAACAAGUAUCACUGACUGUAUUAAUUGUACUGCAGGAUUUUAUUGUUCUACACCUGGUCAGGCUAACUACUCUGCCCCUUGUAAGAAAGGCUCAUACUGUCCAGCUGGUUCAUCUGUUCCUGAUCCAGUUGAGUGUCCUAUUGGGUUUCACUGUCCCACUGGCAGUGCUCUACCCAAACCAUGUUCAGCAGGAACUUUCACUAACUCAACAGGGAGAGGCAGUUGUGAUCCUUGUCCAGAUGGUUUUUACUGCUUCCCUCUUGAGCUAGCAAGAAAUGAAUCCAUAGGGUUCCGCAUCUGUCCGAGGGGGUUCUACUGCCCAGAAGGAACUGGUCUUGAUUGGCAGUCAUGCCCUGCUGGUACCUAUAGUGAUGAUCUUGGCUUGCACAAAGAAAAACAGUGCAAAGACUGUGAUGGUGGAAAAUUCUGUGAUGGGAAGAACUUGACUUCUCCAACAGAUUUCUGUGCUCCUGGCUACUUCUGUACCAUAGGUGUUUCUGUUGACAAGCCUUAUAUUGACGGAUACAAUGUUACCAAUGGUUCUUGCCCUAACCCAACAUUCCUUGGCCAGUACACUGGCAUUGGUGACAUCUGUCCUCCAGGAACAUUCUGUGUUCAGGGCUCCAUUGUACCAGAGGCAUGUGAAGCAGGGACAUACAAUGAUGAGUCUGGUCAGGAUAAAUGUAAGCCUUGUCCUCCUGGUUUCUACUGUUUAGGAAAGACAGUCACAUUUAUAAAUUACACUUGUCCAAGCGGUCACUACUGUCCAGUUAACACUACUCAGCCAUAUGAGUACCCCUGUCCACCAGGCACAUUUAACAACUUAACUGCACAGCAAACACAAGCAUCCUGCCUUCCUUGUCCAAAAGGUAGCUAUUGUGAGGGCGAUGGAAACUCCUGGCCAACAGGCCUCUGUAGUGCUGGCUGGUAUUGCAAUGGAAGUGCAACUUCGAACAUGACCACUACACAUGGUGGUAAAUGUCAACCAGGGUAUUACUGUCCUGAAGGUUCUGGGUAUCCAAGGGAAUGUGAUGGAGGUAAAUUCUGUGAUGUUGCCGGCCUGAGUGAACCAAAAGGAAACUGUAGUGCAGGUUAUUUCUGUAAGAUAAAGGCAAGUACUUCAACGCCAACUGACAGCACUGGAGGAAAGUGUCCUCCUGGUCACUACUGCCCUGAAGGAUCCAUGGAUCCUAUUGCUUGUGAACCAGGGACUUAUUAUGGUGGCAUCGAAGCAACAAACUCAAGUGCGUGUGUGCUUUGUACUGCCGGAAAGUUCUGUAAUACAUCAGGUCUGUCUGCUCCUGAUGGAAUCUGUUCCGCUGGAUACUAUUGCCCCGCUGGACAGUCAGUUGGUACACCAGCUUUAUAUGGCUGCCCAACUGGAAGUAAAUGCACUCAAGGUUCUCCGACCCCUGAAAAUUGUGAAUCUGGCCACUAUCAAGAUGAACCUCUAAAAGACACUUGCAAAGAAUGCCCAGCUCGUUACUACUGCAAUGCUACAUUUGGUGGAGUAAAGAAUUACAAUCUUUAUUUAUGUCCAGAGGGAUACUUUUGUCCCAAUGGAACUCGAUUUGCCGAAGAAUUUCCCUGUGAGAAUGGCACUUUUAACAACUUGACAGGCCGUGCAAGUCAGAGUGAAUGUACACCUUGUCUUCCACGCUAUUAUUGUGGGGAACCAGGUUUGACUCAUCCAAAGACACUGUGUAGCUCUGGAUAUUUCUGCAAGAGAGGUGCAAUAACUGCCACACCUGAGCAGGCCAGUGAUGCAAAUAUUUGUCCCCGAGGAAAGUUUUGUGUGGAAGGCACAGAUGAACCAGAACCUUGUCCUGCUGGAACAUUCAGUAAUGUUUUGGGAUUGCAUAAUUCCAGCCAGUGUACUCCAUGCACGGAAGGAUAUUACUGUGAAUUUAGUGGAGAUACAUCAGAAACAGGAGAAUGUGACGAGGGUUACUUCUGUGUUCGGGGUUCAAUUAGUAAGCAGCAAGAAGUCUGUCCUGCAGGAAAAUAUUGUCCACUUGGUACCCAUACACCCCAGGACUGUCCUCUGGGCACUUACUCUAACACCACCGGCCUGUGGAAAGAAGAUCAGUGUACCAAUUGCACAGCUGGCUCAUAUUGUUCUGAAAGAGGACGAACGUAUCCCACAGGGCAGUGCAGGGCAGGUUAUUACUGUCCAACUGGUUCCUCGGUGGACAAUGCUGUUCCGUGUCCUAUUGGCUUACAUUGCCCCAUAGCUAGCGCCACUCCAAAAGACUGUCUUUCUGGAACGUACACCAACGCCACAACGCAGGCAUCUUGUCAGGACUGUCCUCCGGGAUAUUACUGCUUUCCAGAAAAUGUUACAGCAGGAGAUCCAAAGUCUGGCUACCACGAGUGUCCAAGGGGGUACUACUGUCCUGUUGGGACUGGUUUAGACUGGAAGCCAUGCCCACUCGGUACAUUCAGUAACAAAACAAAGCUUAGCUUGGUGACUCAAUGUGAGGAUUGCACGGGUGGUAAGUACUGUGGUGAGCUCCAUGCUAUCGAGCCUACUGGGUACUGUUAUGGAGGAUACUACUGCGAAUCCGGUGUUGACAAACCAGAUCCUAUUAACUCAGUGAAUGGAACGUCACUACUGGGCAACUGCUCCAUCCUGGGACUGCACACAGGAUAUGGUGGAGUGUGUCCAGUUGGUCAUUACUGCCGUGAAGGUUACACCCUUCCUAAGCCGUGUCCUGAUGGAAGUUACCAAGAUGAAGAAGGAAAAACAUAUUGUAAAUCAUGUCCUGCUGGCUUCUUCUGCCUUGCAAAGGCAUCCACCUUCAAUGACUCUGUCUGUCCAUCCGGAAGGUAUUGUCCAAUAAACACAAGUGUUCCAUACCUCUGUGACGAGGGCACUUUUAACAAUUUAACUGGACAGGAAGCAGAAUCAAGCUGUGUUUCUUGUACUGCUGGAAUGUAUUGUGAAGGAAAUGGUCUGAGUAAGCCUACUGCGCUCUGUUAUGGAGGGUGGUUCUGCAGAAAUGGAUCUACGAACCCUACACCUGAUGGAGGUCGCUGUCCGACGUCAUAUUAUUGCCCCAAUGGAUCAGCUUUGCCAAUACCCUGUGAUCCAGGAAAGUACUGCCCACGUCCAGAACUUUCUGAACCAGAGUUUGACUGUGAAGCAGGUCACUACUGUACAUCCGGAGCAAAGGAAGCGAAACCUACAGAUGGAGUGACAGGAGAUAUUUGUCCAAAUGGGACGUAUUGUCCAAGAGGAAGCGGUGCAUCAGAGAAUUGCCCAAUUGGAACAUUCUUAAAUAGUACAGGAAAUAGAAAUGUGACUGACUGUCAAGACUGUACCCCAGGGUGGUACUGUGGUGGAAGUGGGCUGCCUGUGCCUACAGCACUGUGUAGGGCAGGGUACUAUUGCAGCGGUAGAGCAGACAGCGACGAUCAGCAUGAAUGCCCUGAAGGAAACAAAUGUCCGGAAGGAAGUCCAAAUCCCAUACCUUGUGAAGCAGGAUAUUACCAAGACGAAAGAGCCAAACCAGACUGUAAAAUCUGCCCAGCAGAGUUCUAUUGCAAUGACACUAAUGGCCCAGUCAUCUUAUAUGGACAGUAUAUCUGCAUUGAGGGUCAUUAUUGUCCAGUAGGCACAAGAUAUGCAGAACAGUUUAAGUGUCCUCCUGGUACAUUCAACAAUAGGACUGGCAUGGAUGAAGAGUUAGAUUGUAGAACUUGUACAGGUGGUAUGGUCUGUGAUGAGUGGGGUCUGGUGACUCCAUACAAGUUAUGUGGUGCUGGAUAUUUUUGUAGAGAAGGUGCUAAUAGUACCACGCCGGAACUUGGAGAAAAAGCUGACAUCUGUCCUGCCGGAUAUUACUGCCCUGAAGGUGUUGACAAGCCAAUCGAUUGUCCAGCUGGUACUUACAGCCCAGCAACAGGUCUCCAGACAGAACACGAAUGCCUAAAUUGUACUGGUGGAGAAUUCUGUAAUGAAACAGCCAUGACAAAAACAGCAGGAUCUUGCAAACCCGGUUUCUAUUGUCCACUUCGCUCAUCAAGUGAAACACAAAUUCAAUGUCCUCCAGGCCGUUAUUGUACACAGGGUACCCAUCAUCCUUUUCCGUGUCCGUCAGGAACUUAUUCAAAUGGCAGUGGUUUAGAAAAGGCGGACGAGUGUACGGAUUGCAGGUCAGGAUAUUUCUGCGAUGACGAGGGACUUAUUGAGCCAAAGGCUCAAUGCGACGAGGGCUAUUAUUGCCCCAAGGGUCAAAAUGUUAGUAACCCGUAUCCUUGUCCAGCUGGCAAGCACUGCCCAGAAGGAAGUCCUGAACCUCAAGAUUGCCCAGCAGGGACAUUUGCUGAAAGUCCCAGAUCAUCGGAAUGUGCGACGUGCCCUGAGGGCUAUUAUUGUCUCCCAGAACUUGUUAUCCCAGGUGACUCGAGUUCUGCUAAGAAUGACUGUCCAGAGGGGUUCUAUUGUCCAAAUGGUACAGGAGUUGACUGGAAACAGUGCCCUGCUGGUACUUACAGCAACAGGAAGAACUUAGUGCGAGAACAAGACUGCACGCCCUGUUCUGGUGGCAGAUUCUGUGGAGGCACAAACCUAACGGAACCAAGUGGAAACUGUAGUGCUGGUUACUAUUGUGUGUCUGGCGCAGCAUCACCAAACCCAUACAUGACAAACUUGACACAGUGUCCUGCUCAUUUUAAGCACAUCACCAUUGGUGAUGUUUGUCCCCGUGGGCACUUCUGUAAAGCUGGCAGUGUCAUGUUUGAAGGUUGUCCUGCUGGAACUUAUCAAGAUGAGGAAGGCAAAGCUAGUUGCAAACCAUGUCCUCAAGGCUUUUAUUGCUAUGCUAACUCCACCACAUAUCAAGGCAAUCAAUGUCCCAAAGGCUAUUACUGUCCAGAAGCUACGCCCAGACCUCAUUAUAAACCAUGUGAACCAGGUACGUACAACCCCAAGCUCCAGGGAAACUCGUCACUAGACUGCUUACCGUGUGACCCUGGUCACUACUGCGCCUAUUAUGGAAAUGAGAAACCCACCAAUUCAUGCAGUGCGGGGUUUUAUUGUCCUGGAGGCGACAGAGAAGCUAAACCUAGUGCGACACGUUGCACACCCGGUCACUUUUGUCCAGAAGCUUCGCAUAACAUGACAACAUGCACACCUGGAAGGUAUUGUGAUCGAGACGAGCUGGAUGAUACGGCAGGACCGUGUGACCCUGGAUAUUACUGUCCAGCAGGAUCCACCAGCAGCCGCCAAGUGGAAUGUGAAGAAGGACACUAUUGCCCAUUGGAAUCACCUCACCCGUUUGCGUGUCAACCAGGCUAUUACUUACCAGGAAAGAAACACGAGAAUGUUUCAGAGUGUAUAGAAUGUAUAGCUGGUAUGUACUGCAAUAAUAGUGGUCUAAACUAUCCAGAUGGACUUUGCGAUAAAAGAUACUUCUGUCCACCUGGUCAGACAGUGUCAUCUCCAAACUCACAUCCCUGUCCAGUGGGUCACUUUUGCCUGAAGGGAUCACCUCUACCAGAACGCUGUCCAAAUGGCACUUACCAAGAUAAUGAGUAUUCCUUCGCAUGUGAGCCAUGUUUGUCUGGAUACUACUGUGAUAAUACGUUAGUUGCUGUUAGUAAUCUGACUGGAUAUGAAUGCCCCAUGGGACAUUACUGUCCGUCAGGGACGUCAUUUGCCACACAACACAAGUGUCCCUCUGGAACAUGGAGCAACAAGACUCAACUUAAGCGAGCUGAACAAUGUACAGAGUGCCCUCCCAGGUACUAUUGUCAACAAGAAGGUUUGACUGAACCUGAAGAUCUGUGUUUGGCUGGCUUCUAUUGUAAUGGAAGCGCCAAGGUGCCAAAUCCACCAUAUGCAAACUGUCCCAUAGGACAUUUCUGCGUGAAGGGAAGUUACAUACCUGUACCUUGUCCACGAGGCUCGUUUGCAAACUCGGAGAGAAAUAAAAACGUGUCAGACUGCAAGCCUUGUAGCCCUGGGUACUACUGUGACCCUAAUGCUACUAUCGUAGAAGAACGACCUUGUGAUGCUGGUUUUGUUUGUAUCCUAGGUUCAACCACUCCUCGCCCAACAGACGGUAUCCAGGGUAAGGCUUGUCCUAGAGGCCACUUCUGUACUAAAGGAACAGUAAAGGAAGAACCAUGUCCUAGGGGUCAAUAUGGUCCUAUUGAAGGCCAGAGUGUUUGUGAGAGCUGUACAACUGGCUUUACUUGUCCCAACACGUCUGUCAUUCAACCGACGCCUUGUUCUCCGGGACACUAUUGUCCAGGUGGUGAGUCGCUGCCCAAAGGAACACCAUGUCCAAGUGGAACUUAUCUUCCUACUGAAUACGGGAAAUUUAAGAAUGAGUGCUUGGCAUGCCCACCUGGCAAGUACUGUGAACUUCCUGGACAGGCUUAUGCAACUGGACCUUGUCGUUCCGGGUACCUUUGCAAAGGGGGAGCCAAAUUUUUAGAACCUAAUGAUAAAGACAAUGGGCCUUGCCCGCCUGGGUAUUACUGUGAAGAGGGGACAACAAAUGGCACUUUGUGCCCUGAAGGAACCCUCAGGCCAACCAUUGGUGCUAAAUCGCGUAAUGAUUGUUUCCCUUGCACUGAAGGAAAAUAUUGCAAUCAAUCUGGUCUGCUCUUUGCGACUGCAGACUGUGAACCAGGUUACUACUGCCCUGCAGAAGAAGAUAUUCGCUUUGCAAAACCAAGCAAUUUCCUAUGUCCAAUUGGCCAUUACUGUCCAAAGGGAACUGCCAACCCAGUAGGCUGUAAACCAGGGUCAUAUCAGAGUCGACAACAGCAAGAAUCGUGUGAUGUCUGCCCAGAAGGCUCCUACUGCCUUGCCAACACCUCUAACCCCAUAGCAUGCCCUCCCCAUCACUACUGUCCAAAUGGUACGCACACACCGGUGUUCUGCCCCAAUGGAACAUUUACGAAAGACCAGGAAACUGGACUGAGCAGUCCCGAUCAAUGUAGACCUUGUGUCGCUGGUCAUUUUUGCCAGCUGGGUGUCAUCACUGACAAUUGUACAGCAGGAUAUCUGUGUUACAUUGGCAAUCCUACCCCUACCCCUGAUGGAUCUAAUGCAAGUAUUGGAGAGCCAUGUCCUAUUGGUUUCUACUGUCCCUCUGGGACGUUAGAAAAAUUGGCGUGUGAGCCAGGUUUGGUAAUCACUAAAAAGGGAGCCAAAUCAAAAGCUGCUUGUCAAGUGUGUCCUGCUGGAAAGAUUUGCGUUAGUGGUAGUUCUAUACCAACAGAUUGUACAGUUGGACAUUAUUGUCCCUUCAAUGACACUGCGAGACCUUGCCCUCUUCGAACAUUCAACAGCGUAUCUGGUGCGACAGAUAUAAGCUUCUGUCACCCAUGCCCUGCUGGCUACUAUUGCUGGUAUGAAGGUCUUUCCGACUACACCACCUCUCCAUGCCCAGUUGGUCAAUACUGCUUGAACGCCACAGACCAACCAAUACCUUGUCCAAACGGCACCUUCCGUAGUUCCACAGGGGCACGUAACAUAUCUGAGUGCCACCUUUGUCCUGCUGGGAGGUAUUGUCCCCUGUCUAACAGCAGUGUCUAUGGAUACGAGUGUCUAGAUGGAACUUAUUGCCCUGCCGGAAGAACAUUACCAACUGUUUGUCUUCCGGGUUAUUACUGCAAUGAAACCAAAACCCAAGUUCCAUGCCCAGCUGGCCAUUAUUGUCCAAUUGGAUCUCCGUCAUACAUACGCUGUCCCGCUGGGUUUUACUGUGAUCCAGAAGAUCGUUGUGAUCCUACUGACCUUAAUUCCGGUGCCUGUCAGCCGAAGAUUUGUCCUUUAGGUUACAAACAGGUAGAAAAUUCAUCAAGAGAAAGCUUCAAUGACUCGUGCGUGAUUUGCCCCAAAGGCCAGUAUGGAAAUCAUCCAAGCCGUCUGGAGUGUAAGACUUGCCGUGAUGGUGUCAUUUGUUUGGAAGGAGCAACUACAGAUGAACCUGGCUUGAAUGGGACAGAAUUCGGUGUGGAGAAAACCAAUUCGUACCUGUGUCCUCGGGGUUACUACUGCCAGAAGGGUGUAGAAUUGGUGAGCUGCCCGAAUGGGACUUAUAAUGACAAGCUUGGUGCUGGACACAAAGACCAGUGUGAUGCCUGUCCAGAAAAUCACUAUAAUCCUUGGGAGGCUCAAACUUCAUGCCUGUCUUGUAGCCCGCUGACAUCUAGAGAAGGUUCCGAUACCUGCGUAUGUAAUGGAAAGAACCAAAUAUACCAGAUAUCGGACAAAACAUGCACCUGUAAAAAGGGAUAUGAUGUUCAAAACGGAGACGAAUGUGUCCUGAAGCUGUACCCAUUAUGUACAGAUGGUACUUGGAGGAAUCAGGAGGGUAUUUGUUGGACUGAGGAACAAUGGAAUGAUUACUGCAAUAAUACGAAAUGUUCUCAGGGCUCCCUAGGAUUUGUGGGAGAAUUGGGUCUUUGUAAGUGCAAGGUAACGAGCACAGACGACAUUUGUGACAGAGAAUGCAGGUUACUGCAGGAAAACCGGAUUCAAAUACUUUGCAACGACCCACCACUACUCAAGGUCAAUUCCCGUUCCAGAGAGUCGUCCGUCUUCAAUUUGUCAGAGUUAGAGAGUGUACCAAACUUCAAGGAAACGUUUGAUUGCACCUUGGGCCAAGAGUCUUCUAUAAGUCUUGUUGUCCUUCAAGACGGAGAAGUACAAGGAGCGUAUGAUCCUGAAGCAGAAGAAGUCUCUGAUCUGUUCGCUGCACAACUAGCACUCAGCUCAGCAAACUCAUCUUCAGCUACAAGCAGAAGAAAGAGAAGAGCUGUGUCCGAUUUGUCGUACAGAGGCAUGUCAAACCCAACCAUUUGCCUGAAGCAUGGUUCGCACUUGAUGUGGAAAGUUUCUAACACAGACUUCCCGAAGUACGUCAAGAACAACCUGUACAACACAAAUCCAUCCUUUGAUGAAGGUCCGUUUAAAGCUUUGGAAGAAAAACAUCAAUUGGAAUCCACCAAGUUUGAAUUGUUUGCCUACAGGUUUGAUGUAGAGGGUGUUUACGUGUUCACAUCAAGCGCUAAUCCAGAGAGCACCAUGUUUGUUCGAGUCAUGGCCAAAGGUGCUGAUUGUGCUGAAAAUGGUCCAUUUUUCCCCACAACACCAAGGAAUGUGAUCCAAAAUGGCAUCGCGAUCGCCAGGGAUAUCGUUGUCAUGCCAGACUGGGUGUUGAUCGGCGCCAUGUUGGGAAGCUUCGCCCUAUUGAUGAUUAUUCUUGUUAUUGGUUUGUUAAUCUUCCGUAAACAAGGAUGGAAGAAAGUUACCUUCAAAUUCCCCCGCUAUCGUGUACUGGCGCAGAAUUACAACUUUGAUGACUACUCCUCUAAAGGAUCCACUGUUCACCCUGUCAAAAAGUACCACAGGAAUCUUGAGGCGCUCAAUCAGUAUGCGAAUGAAGGACCCUUACAGGAGAAGGGCCCUGCAGUUGAUGAGGAAGUGAAGGGCGAUGAAUUCUGGGAUUACGACCAACAAGUGGAUUUGGAAGGUUUUACAUCCGGGCGAUUGUAUGGUAUUUUAGCCAAACAGUCCAGGGAAGUAACAGCAGCCAUAGCCAGACAAAAAGACCAGGCAAAACAACUUUACCAGAAGAUCAACCAACAGACAGAGUCUCUAAAGGGAUUAUGGAUCGCCAAACUCAACCUUAAAGGUCGAGCUGCCAUGGCAACACCUGAAGACUUGAGAAUGUUUGAGGCUAAGAAAGGAGAGCUUGAAGCUGAACUUGAGAGAAGGAAGGAGCUUGGUUUCAAUUUUCAGCAGAUCUUGCAGCGGCAGAAAACAAUUCUGAAAGAAGACGAUGAAGCAAGAGAGGCGCACUUAGUGGCGUUUGAUUCAUCUUUGCGUGAAGCGAUGCGUAUCCUGAAAGGUUACAGUGAAAAGCAAGGCAAGGGUGAUGUGGCUGGAGACUUCAACGACCAGUUGGAACACAGGAUUGGGAGCCGUGUUGAUGCAAUCAUUCAGCGGUUGAACGUAGAAAUAACCAGUGAAUGCCAGCGACGAGGAACCUGGGCAUUACUCGGACAGGACACCGGUGCGAGGCUGUGCACCAUUGAAGGAGAGAUUCUGAGCAUGAGUUACUUAUUUAACGCCGAUGGAAGCAUUCAAGCCACUGAUAUGAUAUCACAUGACCCACAUACGGGACUAAUGAUUCCCAACCCAACGACAGCUAAUAUGCUAUUGGCUGACAACUUAACUAAUAUUCCAGUCCCGCAGUACUUUUUCGUCCAUCCAAAGAGCGGGCGUGUUAUGCCCAUCGAGGGAAAUGUUGCGUAUGACCCGCUUGCAUCUCGCCUCUCAUUCACCGCAGACAGCAAUAAUGCAGACGCAGCCACAUCAGCAGAGGCUCUUAUUCCGUUUGUACCAUACCCAAAUAAUCCCGAGACAGGAGUCCCUGUGAAGUUGACUCUGAUCCCAGUCGAGAAGAAAGGAGACAUGAGGCUGAAUGGGAGAAUGAUUUGUGGAAGGACUGGUCUUCCUGUUCCGAUUUUAGGAAUGACUAUUCAUCCAGAGACAGGUAAUGCUUAUCCAGUCGGUGGUUGUCAUGACGACCCAGUGACAGGUCUUCCAGUUGCCAUAGAAAUUGGUUCGAUGAUGCUGGAUCCUAACUCUGGUCGCCCAGCCCCCAUCGUGGCAGUCACCAUUGACCCAAGGACAGGCAAUGUUAUUCCCCUGGGUGGUACUUCAGGGGAGUUAGACAGAGGCGAUGAAAUCCCAUUGCUGCUCAGUGACUCGUUCACAGAGCCUCUGUCAGGAAGGCCACUGAAAGUGACUGGUGCCAGGCUUGUGGAUGAUGGAGAAGAGAAGGAACUGGAACCAAUGGGUGGAGGUUACCAAUAUGUGUUAGACGUUGGUGAGCUCUAUUAUGAAUUCCGCGUCCUAGAGGCUCUGCAGGAUUUGAAAGAUGCCGUAACUGGUCCAGAUGAGUCUGAUGGCCGUCAUGAGCUAAGUGUGCUGGAGAAUGCUCAAAAGGAUCUUCAGCGGGGACGCUCCAAGCUCAUGUUGUAUUGUUUGAGAAGUGUUCAUGACAUCAUGCGCCGCGAGGAGCGUUGCUCUCUAUUGGCGGAGAGUGGUGGCAGCCCAGGAAUGUACGAAUUCUCGGCCACUGGUCAGCUGCUUCCUAUACUCAUAGGUACCACCAUGAGGGACCCAUCAGGAAUGGAGCUCGAGGUUCCAAUCCUUGGAAUCGACAAAAACCACGAGACGGACACCAUAAUUCCCUUAGGAGGCUCACUGGAGGACCCUGGUGGAGAGGGAUUGGUUCCUAUCAUGAUCGGAGAGAAGGCUGUGGAUCCAGUGACUGGUGCACUGUCCACCAUAUGUGGCGUGAAGAUGAACCAAGAGUUUGGUGUAACAGAACCUGUCACACUUUCCUCAAGUACUCAAAGAAAACGGCGCCCGCCCCCUGGCUCUGUGGCUCUUCUUGAAGAGGAGCUCGCUGGCCGGCGCAGUUUCUGGCGUCGUCAGCGGCACCGUGAAGCUGAGCUCACGGAAGUGGAGUCUAAUCUGUACCGCCAGCUGAUGGAAGAUGAACACGUGACAGCUUAUCAUGUCCAGGAACAACUGGAGAACAUUAAGGAAGAAACCGUGUCCUUAGCUGAUGCGGCGCAUCGUGAAGUGCAGCGACGAAGCGAAGCUUCAGUGGAUCAUGCCGCUGUAUUGCCACCAGAUGUGGUGGCUGUACUGACAAUGUUUGACGCUUCGGAGAGAGAAAAGGAAGAAGGACACAAUAAUGCUCACAUUCGCUUUGCUGAUUCAAUCACCCGCUUUUUUGAUAAACUGCGAACCGAAGAGACAAAAUACAACAACAGAAUGGAAGAACUCCAGGGUGCACUAAAUCCUGAGGCCGAGGCUGCUGUCACUGACCGCUUCCAGCAAGCAAAGGCCAGGUUACGAAGCGAACUACAAGAUCAGCUCCAGAGCCGCACAGAACAGCUGGACGAACAGCACUCGGGACUAGAAUACGUCAGGAACAAGGCCGAGAUUUCUGCUUUGGAGGCCAAGCUUGUGCUGACGGGAGGAGCAAUCAUCGCUGGUGAAUACGAGGUCUCACUGCUGGGGAUAUACGGAGAUGAUCUUCCGUUACCCGAAGCUAAUCGGGAGCUGUUGCCUCUUCUCCAGCGCCUCAUUCGCCUUUUACAGGAGGGCAUGCCAGUGUUGAUGAACUCCGCUGGUCAAGUUGUCGGAGGCGGGUAUUCUGUGCUCGGUGGCGGCGUUAAAUUUGACGUCGUCAGUCCAAGUGCCGUUAAAGAACGAGGCACUAGCAUUGCCCCAGCUGUGUUUAUAAGCCAGCACGGUGUCGCUUCCGAACAAACUCAAAAAGCUGCUGCUAUGACUUCAACCCCAGGCCUCCAGCGUCAGUCGAGCGCUGUCUUCUCCACAGCUGAAAUUCUGUCAACAGUAGAAGUUGAUCAAAUGGGACAAAUAUACAGCAGCGAGGCAGUGAAUAUCGCGGAGAUCGCCGCAUCAGGUGGCUUGACAGAAGCAAAGAGAAAGGAAAUCAGUAAGAAUUUGAUGGAAAAACACACUUUGGAAUGCGCACAGUUAGAGAAUGAACUCCGCUCGAACGAAAUCAAAAUCAUCUCUGAGGUUAUAUCUUCAUAUGAAGAGAAGAAAGGCAAGGCAGUGACUGAGUUACAGGGAGAGUUGAGGGAAAAACUACGUCGAGCUCAGAGCGAAGAAGAAAAAGAAGCUCUCGUCCAGGAAUACUCAGAAAAAAUGAGUAAAGUUCAGGAAGAUAUCGAGCAACAAAAACAAAGAAAACUGAGGGACGUUAGAAAACUCUUGAAAGAAGAGCGAGUACGACGCAAGAAAGAGCUUUACAAUCGUCAUAAGGAAGAAGCUCGCAUUGCAGGAAUCAGUGACGUCAUAGAUCUUGAUCUCCCGGAUGAGGAUGAACUGGAGAGAGAUCUGAUCUUAUUGGCCCAACAGCAAGAGAAGCUACUGGCUGAACUAGCGCUUGCCUACGAACAAGAAAGUGAACGUGAACGAGAAGAGAUGGAGUCUGGCAGACGAGCAGAAUUUGAUAAAGAGAUGGAGGCACGAGUGAAAUCCAUGAAUUUAUCACUUGCUCCAGAAGAGAUCAAGGAAGCUUUUGAAGAAGUGCGAGAGCUUCACUCGCGAGCUGCUUCCAGGAGAGUCAACAUGAAAGAAAAGAUGAAAGAAAGAAAGGAUCGCAAACGCUCUAAGAAGACUGAGGAGGAACUUAAAGAAGAGCUCAAACAUGUUGCACCUGGGUCCCCUGAGGAAGCAGAGAUCCUAGACGCCUUGCAGAAACGAGAGAACGCUGACGUACUGAGAGAACAAGGCGCCCUGAUUGCUGUGGUGGCUGAGGUGGAAGCUGAACAAGAAGAAAAGAAAAGAAAACAGGUUGUGCUAAACCUAUUGAAGGGAACUAAAAUGUCUGAAGAACAACAACAACAAAUAGUAGAGAGGUAUAUGGCAGAGGCUGAAGAAAUGAAAGAGCGAUACAACGAUGCACAGAGGCACAGUCGGGCUGUUCUGGCCGCUAAACUUGCUGCAAGGAGACGACAGAAGGAAGAAAUAAACAAGGAAGCUGCUAUGAAGAAAGAGCUGAAAGAAAUGAGCAAGAAACAGGCUGAAUUGCUCGGGGACGAUGCCGCUGUACAAGUGCUGGAAGAAGCAGAGGCUCAAAUAGCUGACGACCUGAGUCAUGAGCUUGAGAAUCUUUCUGAGAAACAGAUUGAAGAACAAACUGCGCUGGAAAUAAAGCAGGCUGAGGAGUUGAUCAAUCUGGAGAAAGACCUGCGAGCUGCUCAACAGGAUGCUGGGAAACAAGUCGCAGAUCAGAUUGAAGAACAGAAGCAGAAGCUUAUUGAAGCUAAGAAGGAGACUUUCGAGAAAGAGAUGUCACAAAAGCGUAACGAACUGUCUAAGGAUCAGGCUGAUAUGUUACUGGAGCAACACAAGCGAGAGCUGGAGAUGUUGUCACGCAGCAUGGACGUGGAGAAACAACGACAGAUGAACUCACUCGGUGACAAGAUUGCCGAGCGGAAGAGACGCAAAGCUGCUGCUCUGGAACAAAAGCACCAAGCUGAGAUGUCCAAGACACUGAUGAACCAGCAAAGUGAAAGGCAAAAAGUUCAAGACGACAAGAUUCGCGAGGCCCAGAAGACAGCACUGGUGAAAACAGUUCAAAACCUGGACAGUGAAAGGGCUGGAAACACGAUAUUCCAAGUAUUGCAACAGAGGCACAUACAAGAAAGAGUGCAACUUGAAGAUCAAUUUAAUAGAGAGAUCGACGCUGCCAAGGCAGAAGCGCGGGCUCGCAUGGCCGAAACUCGCCAGGCAGAGAGAGAAGAACUGAUAGCAGAGCAAGAGAAGGAAUUCAUGGAGUUGAUUGCCAAGUCGAACUCAAUGAGUACAGCUGAAAUUUCCCAGUUGAAAGCUGAGUUGAAAUUAAAACAAAAGAAACAAUUGGCACAGUUUGACAAAGAGACGCAAGAGAAAGUCGCACAGGCCGAACUGGACACGUUGCCUUCUCUUGAGGUGAAACAUGCGCAUGCUAGACUGGAACUUAGAGAGAGACAACUGCUAGAGCUCGCGGGCACAAUGAGUGAGCUAUCCACCGAAGAGGAACUCAUCAACAACUACAAUGAAGAAGCUGAACGCGCCUCACAGGCAGCCAAAGAAUACCGAGAACAAACUAUGUUUGAAAUGGCUGAGAAAAUCAACAAGAUAAAGGCAGAAAGACAACAACAGAGUGAAGAACAGAAGAGAAAGAUGGACGAAGAAAUAAAGCGUCUUGAAACUGAGUUGGAGAAAGAGCGAGAACGAGAGGAACUGAGGCUAGCAGAGCGGGAGGCCGAGCGUACCGCUAAGAGAGCAAAGGCAGCACAGGAGAAUGAAGCUAAAAGACAACUGGCCAUGGCUCAACGAGGAAUGACCGAGGAACAGAAAGAGAAACUAAUGAAAGAACACGAGGCCAACAUGGCUAAAUUUGAAGAAAACCUUAGAAAAGAACAAGAGAGAACGAAAGCUGCAUUGCGUGAGAAACUUGAGGCCAGGCGUAAGAAGAAGAAAGAUGCAGAGAUGCAGAAGAUUAAAGCCUCUGCCAAGAUUGAAACAGAAGCUGCUGAACAGAAAGAGAGAGAAGAAAUGACCGCGUUACAGAAACAAGAGGCGGAGCGGCUGAAGGCAAGCACCCCAACUACACCCUCGGCACCCUCAGAGACACGACAGAGAAGCACAGAAGACCUUACCGCCACAGAAAGUUUGCUGACGUCAUCAGCAGAUGGUCAGCCUGUUAUAACCGCUGGACUGCCCGCGGGAGUUUCAGAGCAAGACUGGGUUUCGAUGCUGAUUGGUUCACCAAUAUUCGACAGCGUCAACGAAAUUGAAAAUAUGCUGAAAAAUAACAUCGGUGAGGGAGGAGUGGCCGGAGCUAAAGGCGGCCGACCAUAUAUCGACAUUAAAGACGCGCAGUGGCUUUGUCGGGGCGAUUUGGUCCCAGUGGAUAUUAAUGACCUCAGUCCUGCCAACUUUGUGGUGUAUCGCUUUGGAGUCUUCAUAACACAGAUGUUACGCAAAGCCAUGGAAGCACCUGAAGUUACUUUACUGCUCGCAUCCAAUUUGCCCCAAAAUAACUACGAACGGAAUGCCUUCAGAAACUCCUUCUUCUAUGAGCAUGCGCGGCGGGUGUUGUUCGUGCGACAGGAGCGGAUGGAGUCGGUCGGUGAUUUCCUGGUUGUGAUCAUGCACUGUUUGGCGCACAUCAAGAUUGAAGAUCUUGUUGAUGAUCAGAACCCACUCUUCCUCAGGGAAUUCUAUAAGGCCUUCCGUGUUUGUUGUCAAGAUCUGUUCUUUGCACGGUCUCGCAAUACCCCGACCGCGCAGGGCCUGGCGGGAACUGUGUCUAGCCCCAAUCCCCUGGAAACGGCAUUUAAGCCUGCGAGAUCAAUGACCGAGCGAGUGAAUGUGGUGGGAGAACUGGUGGACAUUAAAGUGUCGAGCCUAGUCGAUGCAGACUUCUCUGUGCAGGGUAUAACAGAACGUCUGGCGCGUAAAAACGCUUUCUUGACCCGCGCCAAACUGAAGGAGUACCUCUCAUCUGGGCAUGCGCCAUCGUCAAAGAAAGAAGAAUUCGCCAUGACGAGGCUGAAAGAACUUAGAGGAGAGAAGACUGGAGACGAGCAAAGACCAAAGUCCCGACCUCUUGGUGUCAAAACCGGACUAAAAUCUCCAAAAGAACUUCUUCAACGGCAAGUAAACAAUCUUGAAGGAAAAGUAGACAAUCUGAAUGCUGAACUGGCUCAGGUUAUGAAAACGGAGUCGGAACUAAACAACACUGUCAAUCAAAUGGAGGGGGAUAACAACGUACCUGAGGACAGAUUGGCAGCUGUCAUUCAACAGCUGACAAAUGCUGAGCUACAUAAGAACAACCUUUUGAAGAAAGUCGAUUACCUGGAGGACGAGAUCAGGAAGAAAACUAAGGAACUAAACGCUUUGAACAGUCAGCGCUUGUAGUUUUUUUAGCAGUCUUUUAUAUUGAUCAAGAAACUGUUAGUGAUCUUGAAACAAAAGUCGAUGUAAGUCAGCUUAAUAGAAAUCGCAUCAAACAGUAUUUAUUGCAAUGAAACAUGUCAGUGUUCUAUAUUUAUAGUUAACCUUUUGACUCCCAUGGGUGACCAAGACGGAAUUUUUCCUCACAACAUCCAUACAAUAUCAA